AUGGCGCCCCAUUCCUACAGGCUCUUCUUCAUCGUAGCUCUCAGUUACAUUGUCACAUUUGUCUCUGCCCUAGGGACUACUUGCUCCUCUCCUCUCACAUCUGGCACUGCUGCAUCCUCUGACCCCUACUGGCUUCAGAACAUCAAGCACCAAGGCACCUCUGCUUUCAAUUCUAACCCAAGCUCAUACACGGUUUUCCGGAACGUCAAGGACUAUGGUGCAGUUGGCAAUGGAGUUACUGACGAUACCGCUGCCAUCAACGCUGCGAUUAGUGCUGGUAAUCGAUGCGGUGACGGCACUUGCGCGUCUUCGACAGUGACGCCCGCGCUCGUGUACUUCCCCCAAGGCACAUACCUAGUUUCUAGUCCGAUCAUUGCGUACUACUACACGGAGCUUGUCGGAGAUGCCAGAAAUCCACCAACCCUCCUUGCGGCACCGUCUUUCGCGGGAAUGGCUGUCAUUGAUGCGGAUCCCUACCUCGUUGGAGGUGGUGGUUCUCAGUGGUACACGAAUCAGAACAACUUCUUCCGGUCCGUUAGGAACUUCGUUAUAGAUGUUUCUCAGAUGCCUGCAACGAGUACUGGUACCGGUAUUCACUGGCAGGUGGCCCAGGCCACCAGUUUGACGAAUAUCCAUUUCGUCAUGUCCCAGGCUUCCAAUACAGCCCAUCAAGGUAUCUGGAUGGAGAACGGAAGCGGGGGUUACAUGGGAGACCUCGUGUUCACAGGUGGCAAGUUCGGUAUGUGGGUCGGAAAUCAGCAAUUCACUGUCCGAAACAUCACCAUCAACAACGCUCAAACCGGUGUUUUCGGUCUUUGGAACUGGGGUUGGACUUUCCAACGUGUUACUAUCAACAAUUGCCAGGUUGGGUUUGACUUGGCUACAGGAGGUUUGACAGAGGACACACAGACUGUCGGGGCUGAGGCUAUCAUCGACGCAGUUGUUACCAACACUCCCAUCUUCGUUCGAACGUCGAGCCCUAGUACCUCCCUUGCUGGAUCAAUCGUCCUUAACAACGUCCAGCUGAACAAUGUCACCACUGCUGUUGGCGUUGUUGGUGGGGCAGUUGUUCUUGCUGGAGGAACGAUGAAGAUUGACUCUUGGGGACAAGGAAAUGUCUAUACUGGAACUAACCCAACAGGACAGUUCGUUAGGAGCAACAUUGUUUCGGCCGCCAAGCCAGCGUCAUUGCUUGACGGAAGUGGAUUCAUUUUUGCAAAGACGCGUCCUCAGUAUGUUGAUUAUUCCACCUCCCAAAUUGUCAGCGUGAAGGAUCACGGUGCGGUUGGCGAUGGGACGACAGACGACACUGCUGCUCUUACCAGUAUAUUCAACCAGUACGCUGGAUGCAAAAUUAUCUUCUUCGAUGCCGGAACGUAUAUCGUCACCAGCACGCUCACUAUCCCUGCUGGUACACAAAUGGUCGGUGAGGCGUGGUCCGUAAUAGCAGGCAAAGGUUCUGCCUUCCAAGAUCAGUCAAACCCCCAAGUCGUCGUUCGGGUCGGUGCCCAAGGUUCUCAAGGCACAGUUGAGAUUUCGGACAUCAUUUUCAGUAGGAUUUAUCUAGCUCCCGGCGCCAUCGUAGUCGAAUGGAAUGUCCAUGAGACCACCCAAGGAGGCACGGGAAUGUGGGAUUCUCAUAUCAGGUUGGGUGGUGCUGCUGGAACCGGACUGGAGCUUGCAACUUGUCCCUCAAGUGGUGCUGGCGGAUACAAUAAUUGCUACGCGGCCUUCCUUGCUCUACAUCUAACAUCUGGGUCGACAGCGUACCUUGAGGGCACUUGGGUAUGGCUUGCUGACCAUGAUCUUGACGGAAACGGUGUCUCACAACUCACCAUUUACUCUGGUCGUGGAAUUUUGUCUGAAUCUGCGGGUCCUGUAUGGCUUAUUGGGACUGCCGAACAUCAUGUCUUGUACCAAUACAAUCUGGUCAACGCACAAAAUCACUACAUGGGCUUGAUUCAGACUGAGACGCCUUACUUCCAGCCUUCGCCUGAGCCGCCUACACCUUUCAGUGUCAAUUCCAGUUACCAUGAUCCUGCAUUUGGAGGUGAAAUCACCAUGGCCCUGGGACUGAGAGUGGCGACGUCCUCUAACAUUAUAGUGUUCGGCGCUGGACUCUACAGUUUCUAUUCCGACUACUCUCAGACUUGCUUGAACUCAAACAGCUGCCAGAUGCACAUGGUCGACAUCGAUUCCGCAUCUUCGAUAACUAUCUACAGCCUUGCUACGGUUGCUUCUAUAUAUCAAAUCAGUAUCAACAACGCGGGUGUCAUCAGCGAAAAUGACAAUGUUGAUGGAUUCGCAUCGCUCACCACCGCUUGGAGUCCCGCGUGA